AAGGUCGUGUUUCCAUGACGGACGGUAAUCUGGUGCGGUGCCCCCAAACAGUGUCCUUGGUGCGAGAGGUGUUGUGCUAACGGGUUAAUUCGGUCUUUACCGGAGGGGUCUCUGAUCUGAUCCGUGAAUAUGAAGCUUGACCUCGAUGAGGCGAAGGUUCUCCCGCCUCCAGGGAUCGUUAACAGGAACUCGGUGUGGCUCGGCUUCUGCGGCUGGAUCACAGCGGUGCUGAAUAACAGCUAUAGCCGCAGGCCCGCACUGAAGGCCGGUGUUCACCGACAGGCAUUGUUCGUUACUGUUGGCUGGGUUCUUGGCUACUAUUGCACGAAGUUUGAAAACUAUGUGUACGCCAAGUUAGACAGAGACAUGAACGAAUAUGUCCAAAUACACCCUGAGUUGUUCCCACAGAAAGAAAAGAAGACAUUUGCAGAGAUUGUGGAGCCAUUUCAUCCCAUCCGUUGAGUGGACCUGGUUGUCACACCUGUGACAUAUGUGAAGAACAUCCUGGAAGUUUGCUUGUCAAUCUCCACUUAUCUUUUGAUACUGUGGCACAGCUUUCCAAAAUUAUACAGUGUAUCAUAUUGAUUCAUUCUUAAAUAUGUUAUUUCUAAUAUUUCAUUAAACAAUUAAAAAACAA